AUGGAAUGCUAUGCUGCUGUGAAAAGGAGGGAGCUCUUGCUAUUUGCGGGGGCAUGGAUGGAACUGGAGAGCAUUGUGCUGGUCGGUGUCCUCAGGAGCCAGGGCCCAGCUGAGACUGCAGCGGCCGAAGGCAAGCGAGCCCCUGCAGAAAAGCACCUCGAGGUGGACACGGCAGCGCGGUGCUGUGCGGGGAGUGGAGGAAUCGAGAGCCCCAUGCUGCCCCCGCACUGCUCACUGCAGGACCUGCCUGUGGAGAUGCUGGUGGAGAUCUUCACCUUGCUCCCCGCCACCGACCUGCCCAGCCUGGCCCAGAACCUGGACAUGACCGGUAUGUCUUAUCGAGAAUUCUAUGCGAAGAUCUUCCCAUACAGAAACAUUUUGGGUUUGUGGCAACUAGAUAAUAGCCAUGGAACACUGCUGAAUGUAGUGGUGGACGGCUUAUGCAUUACUGGUUGGACGUACACGCCUUCCGAUAAAACCCAUGUGCAGGGCCCAGUGGAAUCCAAGCCCUCGUUCAGAAUUCGCCUGACGGAGACGAAAUCAGCCGCGGUGGAGUGCAUGGAAGGCCGCCACAGCAGGCCCCACAGCCGCCACAUGCAGAUUCGGAAGGACAGGUUCAGCACCCAGUGCAACAAGACAGACCACCUUAAGGAUUCACCAACGCGGCUUAGGGAGGAGUGGGGGCAGGUGCUGGUGCGGAAGGACAGACUGCGGUAUGACUGCCUGACCUACCGCCGCCUCUACCUCCCGCCCAACCACCCGGACGACCUCAUCAGGCCAGGCCUCUUCCAAGGCAAAUACCAUCGCUUCGGCCUAAUGAUUGCCAUGCUCAGCUUCCAUGGGGAGUAUGCCAGGGUCACCGAGAUCACGGGAAACUACAACGAGACGAUAGAGAUCCACCUCAUGCGCCGCAUCCAGCUGGGAGAUGGCAAGAUCUUCCGCAACUUCAACAAACUCUACCGCGUGGUCCUGGAGAUUGAGGAUCAGGUGAUCCGGGAGAAGCAGCAAGAAAACGGGACUGAGGAAAGCGAGGGCCAUGGCUGGCAGAGCCCUGCCCAGCCCGGCGUCGGGGAGUCCGGGGCUGCAGCUUCGGAGGAGCAGCCUGUUCCGUUUGUUCUGCCUGUGGGCAUGCGCUCAAGACUCCACAACUACCCCAGCACCUGCAGGAUGUGUUUCUAUGGCGUUUACAGUGUUACCAACCGUUCCAUCACCUACCCCAGGCGCUUCCCUGGAGUCUUCAUCCUGUUCGAUGAGAACCACUUGGGGUUCAUCGGUCUGGAGAUGAAAUACUUCAUCCUGUUUGGCAGAGUCCAGAACACCUUCCAGAAUGUGGAGGCACCAUCUCCCAAGGCCUUCCUGGAGAUGCUCUCCAACAUUCAGUCCGGACCCUCUGGGAGGAGCAGCUGGCGUGCACUUUGA